UUUUCUUCUGCUCACAUUUAUAACCAUCAUUUUCCAUCCGCUCAACGCCCCUCACAGUUCACGCAUAACAAAACCCCAUCCAUUUCAACCACCAGCACAACCACCACCAUGUCAUCCGCUCCUUCUCCUCCGCACGUGGUCGAGGAUUGCCGCGGCAUCCUCCAAAUCCUCAGCGACGGCACCAUCCUCCGAUCCCCCAACUCCAACUAUCCGGUCCCCAUCCGCGACGACGGCACCGUUGAGUGGAAGGAUACUCAGUUCGACACCGCCCAGGACCUCCACCUCCGCCUCUAUAAACCCCGCCACCGCCUCCCAACCGACGGACCCAAGCUCCCGGUGUUCUACUAUUUCCACGGAGGCGGAUUCUGCAUCGGCUCCUGCACCUGGUCCAACUUCCACAACUGCUGCCUCCGCCUCGCCGCCGAGCUCCGCGCCAUCAUCGUCGCCCCAGACUACCGCCUCGCGCCCGAGCACCGCCUCCCCGCCGCCCUCGACGACGGCGCCGCCGCCGUGGAGUUGCUCCGCCGUCAUGCCGCCUCGCCCGACGAAGAUCCCUGGCUCGCCGAGGCGGCCGAUUUCGGCCGCGUGUUCAUCUCCGGCGAGUCCGCCGGGGGGAACAUCGUCCACCACCUGGCCGUGAGGUACGGAUCGGCCGCCGGCCGGGCAGAGCUGGAGCCGGUCCGGAUCCGCGGGUUCGUUAUGAUGAUGCCAUUCUUUGGUGGAAUCCAGCGCACCAGAUCUGAGGCGGAGUGCCCGAAGGAGGCGUUCUUGAGUUUGGAGAUGAACGACAGGUAUUGGAGGCUGUCGCUGCCGGCUGGCGCGACCAGGGACCACCCACUGGCGAACCCGGACGGACCAGAGAGCUCGAGCCUGGAGGCGGUCGAGGUGGAGCCGGUGCUGGUGGUGGUGGCGGAGCACGACAUGCUGAGGGAUCGGGACGUGGAGUACGCGAGGAGGUUGGAAGGGUGGGGGAAACGGGUGGAGCUGGUGGAGAUCAAAGGGCAGCAGCACGGAUUUUUCGCUGUCGGCGCUUGGUCCGAGCCGGUCGGUGAGUUGAUGAAGGUCAUCAAGCGCUUUAUGGAUGAGAUCGGGACCGGAUCAGGCUGAACCGGGACUGUCGGAUAAUAAUGAGCAAUGUUGCUGCUUUAUGAAUUACGAUGAUGCUGGAUUAUAAGCAGCUUUAUGAAUUAUGAUGAUGCUGGAUUAUAGCCCAUACCAUGCAUGGGAUUUAGGGCUGAGAAAGAUUUGAGAGAUCUCAAAACCUCGAGGGAUCAACUCACACUGCCACCACUCGCACAAAAUCUUCUCUUUAGGAAAAAAUUCAAUUGGAACUUAAAAAAUCCCUCUAAUCUCUUUCAAGUGCUCUCCUUUUGUAUAUAU